CCUCUUUAAUCAAUUUAAUCUGUGCAAAUUCUAGCCAAACUGUUUAAUAUAUGGAGUAGUAUUUACUGCUUUUGAACAAUCAAUCGAAUUCUUUUCUUAAUUUGCAUUCAGUUGUCGAUACGAUGAGGAUGAACAAACCAAGCUAGUAGACCAAGAUGCACGAGAGUGGUGAUAGCAAGUGAGAAUGAACUCACACACAUACACACAACUAGACAAGAAGAAGAAGAGUAGUGUAGUAGCUAUCCGGCGGGCCUAUCCAUCCAUCUAACCUAAUCUAGAUAUCGGAUUAGGUAUAUAUGGCAAGUGCGACGAGGUGCCCGGCGGCGCCGCGGCCGCUCCGGCAGCGCGCGCGCGUGCAGGUGGUGCGGUGCUGCGAGGACACGCUGGGCGUCCCGCGCAGCCGGCGGCCCACCUACGACGGCGAGCAGGACCAGGCGCAGCGCUUCCCGGAGCUCGUCACGCCCUACGGCGCCAGCAGCUACCUGCCGCACACGCAGCACUACCCGCCCCCGCCGCGCCCGCGCCGCAUCGUGCUCGUCCGCCACGGCGAGAGCGAGGGCAACGUCGACGAGGCCGCCUACACGCGCGUCCCCGACCCGCGCAUCGGCCUCACGCCGCGGGGCUGGCGCCACGCCGAGGACUGCGGCCGCAGCCUCCGCCGCCUCGUCAGCACCGGCGCCGGCGCUGGCGACGACUGGAAGGUGUACUUCUACGUGUCCCCCUACCGGCGCACGCUGGAGACGCUGCGCGGGCUGGGGCGCGCGUUCGAGGCGCAGCGCAUCGCCGGCGUGCGGGAGGAGCCGCGGCUGCGGGAGCAGGACUUCGGCAACUUCCAGGACCGGGAGAAGAUGCGCGUGGAGAAGGAGAUACGCCGCCGGUACGGCCGCUUCUUCUACCGGUUCCCGAACGGCGAGUCGGCGGCGGACGUGUACGACCGCAUCACGGGGUUCCGGGAGACGCUGCGCGCGGACAUCGACAUCGGGAGGUUCCAGCCGCCCGGGGAGCGGAACCCGGAGAUGAACGUGGUGCUGGUGUCGCACGGGCUGACGCUGCGGGUGUUCCUGAUGCGGUGGUACAAGUGGACGGUGAGGCAGUUCGAGGGGCUGAACAACCUGGCCAAUGGCGGCGCGGUGGUGAUGCAGACGGGGUCGGGGGGGCGGUACAGCCUGCUGGUGCACCACUCGGUGGAGGAGCUGCGGGAGUUCGGGCUGACCGACGACAUGAUCGAGGACCAGAUGUGGCAGAAGACGGCCAGGCCCGGCGAGCUCAACUACAACUUCAUCACCAACGGCCCUUCCUUCUUCACCCACUUCAAUGACCACGCGCCAUUACCCACCACGCAGCAGCUUGAUCAGAUCGAUCAAAUUUACUAAGUUGCUUAUGGUACUAUCAUUAAAUCUACUAAUAUGUGAGUUUAUGAGUGGGACCUAUAUAGCAGUGAAAUUCUAUUAUGAAGAAGGAUACACAUACAUUGCUUACUACUACGCUAACCUCCUUAUAUAUAUAUAUAUAUAUGAAUAUAAAUUCCUCUGCUU